AUGAUGUAUCUAAAGAAAGCAAUGAUUUAACUGUAGACAGCAGUUUUCCAGAUUCAGGAUAUUUAGCUCAACAAAAGGCUGGAGAUUAUGUUAUGUCUGAACUUAAUUCAGGAUUACAGGCGACUGCUAAUCCUUCUGAUCUUCAUGAUACCAUAGAGACAAAGAAGAAAAGUGGUUGGCCCAAGGGCAGAAAACGAAAGAAGAGUUUAAAAGAUGUAAAUGCUCCUAAACAACCACUCACUGGUUAUGUUAGAUUUCUAAACAAUCGUAGAGAACAGUUGAGAAGAGAAAACCCAAACUUGUCUUUUAGUGAAAUAACCAAAGUAUUAGGAGCUGAAUGGUCUAACUUACAGCAAAGAGAAAAACAGCGAUUUUUAGAUGAUGCUGAAAAAGACAAAGAGCGAUAUCAAACUGAAAUGGAAGCUUAUCAAAAAACAGAUGCCUAUAAACAAUUUAAAUCACAACAGGAAAAGAGACUGAAAGGUGAUAUUGAAGAAGAUAUGAAUGUAAAUGGUGAUACAUUAGAAGAAGAGAAUGAUACAACAACCUCUACUAAUGGAAAUUUUGAUAUACCUAUAUUUACUGAGGAUUUCUUAGAUCAUAACAAAGCUAGAGAGUCUGAAUUACGUCAGCUAAGAAAACAAACAACGGAAUUAGAAGAACAGAAUGCUAUAUUAAGUAAACAUAUAGAGAAUAUGAAACAAGCUAUAGAUAAACUAGAAGUUGAUUCUGUCCAACAGCGUAAUAGUAAUUUAGCUCUUCAAAAUCAUCUAGAUAAUUUACGUUCUACUCUUACAUCUCAUUUCUCUACUAUUCCAUUACCAGGAACCAAUGAAAUACCUUCAUUAGAUACUAUAGAUACAUACAUGGGUAAACUUCAUACCUUAAUACUGGAUUCUCCCCAAGAAAAUGAAAGUUUGAUAGCCACAGUGAGAGAAAUAGUGGGGCGUUUUAACAGUGACAGGUUAGAACAAUAGUGAUAAAUAAGAUGUAAAUAUAAAGGUUAUUGUGAUAAGGAAAGAAGAUGUAGUUUGUAAGAUACAUGGUACGAUAUAGUUAAACUGAGACAGCAAAAAUCAAAUUUGUUGGCUUAUGUGUUGUCUGUGUCUGCCUUUUGUCCUUAUUUUGUCACUUCUUGUGCAUAAUUGUUAAAACACCGGCAUGACAUGUUUUCUGGACUAAACUAGGGUGCUAGCUUGAGCUUGACUCCCCUGUUGUCUGUGACUAUGAAGAAACUGCACUUAUGAAUGUUGAAAGAGUAUUAAUGUACACUUGUGUGUAAAAAAUAUGAAUGUUUUUUUGACUUUGUGAUUUUGUUAAGAAUUGUGUUGUAAGAUAUAAAUUAUUUUUCAAUUU